AUGGUUCAAGGUGCUUCAGAGAUAGCCGCAGUGUGUGUCGGCCUGAUUGGACUGAUAGGGGCGUCGGCUACUACAGGUUUGCCCAUGUGGAAGGUGACAGCUUUCAUCGGGGCAAACAUAAUUGUGAUGGAAACCCGCUGGGAAGGAUUGUGGAUGAACUGCUACCGACAGGCCCACAUCAGGAUGCAGUGUAAAGUGUACGACUCUGUGCUGUACCUGCCCCCAGAGUUACAGGCAGCCAGGGGUCUGAUGUGCUGUUCUUUGGCUUUGUCGGGGGUGGGACUCCUCGUGGCUCUGGCAGGAAUGCGGUGUAUUUCCUGUUUUCAGGGUACUCAUCGGGCUAAGACCAUGAUCCUGAUGGUUGCAGGUGGUAUGCAGUUCUUGGCCUGUAUCUGUGUCCUUAUCCCUGUGUCGUGGACGGGUAAUGUCAUCAUCAGGGACUUUUACAAUCCUUUGCUAAUCGAUGCCCAGAGGAGUGAGCUGGGAGAGGCUCUCUACAUUGGUUGGGUGACCAGCGGCUUCCUUUUCGUCUCAGCUAUGUUGUUCGUCUGCCGCCAAAUGCCCUCAGACAAAGGNNNAUACGAUGUGUACCACCCAGACAACUUGCUCAUUUACAAGCCACAACCCAGAAAGCGAUCUGUAAUAAACUAUCAUCCCAUCUCGAGUGUUCCUAGCCUCCAAUCUACUGCCUACCAGCCAUCUCUGCCGAUUGGAUCUAUUGGACAACAACUUGCGACUGCACAGCAUAACAUCCCUCAAGUAAUGACAAAUGAUGGAGCACUAAAAAACUCCAUCCCGGGUCUGCCUGAAAAUGCAUCAUUGUUAUAUCAGGGAGCAGGGUACCACUCCUUCAUGAAGAGUUCUAGCCCAGUUGGAAGCCUAUUUACAUCCGGCAACUCCUUGUACAUCAGCCAAAACACCACGCCAUAUUCACAGACUUACACCGACAAUCCCACUACCUCCUACCAGUCCAGUUUUUAUCCGGUUCCACACACUCCUGUUUUCAUAGGAUAUAUAGCAUCACAAAUUCAACCAAAUUCUCACAGUGAGAGCAGUGGUUGUGUAUACAUAUAA